ACAGAAGAAGAAGUAAACAGUCACAGGUCACCGGUAUCCUGAUUCUGUCUUGACUGUAGGAAGAGGAGAAAACCUUCUGAAAUUUUGCGUUGAGCUUUUAACCAGCGACAGGAUCUCAGACAACAUCUGAAGUCUGUUUUCAUUUAUUUGUUUUACUGAAUCACAUCACCAUGACCAAGAAGAGAAGCGGAAACCGUGAGACGGAAAACAGUCAUCAACUUGCGGAGAAACCGAGGCCCUCAAAAGAAAGUCAAACGAUCGAAGGAGCCAAAUCCUCUGGAGGAGCCUCUGCCCGCAUGUCAAUCCUCAUUCUCAUCACCAUCUUUGCCUGUUCGGCUUGUGUCAUGUAUCUGGUUUUCCAUAAUUUCCCAGAAUUAAAUGAAGAUGAGAAGGAAAAGAUUAAAAUUCCUAAAGACAUGGAUGAUGCAAAAGCAUUGGGGACAGUAUUGUACAAAUACAAAGAUACUUAUUAUACUCAAGUACUGUUGGCGUACUUUGCUACAUACAUCUUUCUUCAGACGUUUGCCAUCCCAGGCUCCAUAUUCCUCAGUAUACUUUCUGGUUAUCUGUACCCUUUUCCUCUAGCUCUCUUCCUGGUCUGUCUGUGUUCAGGUCUUGGAGCGUCCUUUUGCUAUAUGCUGUCAUAUUUAGUUGGGAGGCCUUUGGUCUAUAAGUACCUUACAGAGAGGGCUCAGAAAUGGUCACAGCAGGUAGACCAUCAUAGAGAGCACCUUAUUAACUACAUGCUUUUCUUGAGAAUAACUCCUUUCCUUCCAAACUGGUUCAUUAACAUCACCUCACCGGUCAUUAAUGUGCCUUUGGGUGUCUUCUUCCUGGGCACCUUUCUUGGAGUGGCACCUCCAUCGUUUGUGGCAAUAAAUGCAGGGACGACGCUGUACAAACUGACCACAGCCGGAGAGGCAGUGUCCUGGAACUCAGUCCUCGUUUUGGUGGCUUUGGCUGUCGUCUCCAUCCUGCCCGUCUGUUUUCGGAAAAAACUCCAGCAGAAGCUUGAGUAGACUUCUUUAGCACUCCUUGAUUCAGCUCAGGAACUAUACUUGUCAUCUAAACAUCUCUUUUUGUGUGUUUCAUACGAUGGCAUUCAAGGAUUGUGAGUGACAGACUGGCUCUCUGUCGUUCCUCCAAUGCUUUUAAGGGAUAAACAUACUGUCAACACUAACUCACUAUGGUCAAGCAAUAUAUUUAUCUCGAUUUCUUCAAUGUGUUUUCCAAUAUUUAGAGUUGAGUUGUAUGAUACACUGGAAAUAUUUUCCCUUCCUCUGCAGUUACCGAAUUUAAAUGGAAAGUGCCAUUUGACCCCCUUUAAUAUUCCAGUAUGUAUGAUAAUAAUAAUAGGAUAUUCCUGAAUCAGAAACUUUGUGAGGGUAAGAUUUUUUUUUUAAGGGAUCAUAAUUUUAAGAUUAAACUAAUAAUAAAACCACAGUAAGGUGGUAGUGCUUCUGUCUUAAUGGUACAGACUUCAUUUUUACGGUAAACAUUUGAUACAUUUGGUCGAUACCACAAUAGUAUUACAGAUUAAGACUGUAGAUUGCAUUCAUCUAGAUUUGCUCUGCCUUAUUCCAAGUACUAGAAAUGCAAUGCAUAGCCUCAUUUCAUGGCCAUUGUAGCGUUUUAUACACUUUGCCUGACAUUUACAGCAAACUUUAGUGGUCUAAAAUAAACAGUACAUUCGGAUGCACCCUUGGUCAAUAUGCCAAAUAGUUUUCUUUCAGCUAAGUAGUUCAUAGUUUGAGUUAUAAUGUCAACUCAUGCUGGAUAUAAUGUUUCUUUGAUCAUUUUCAUUUUAGCCACAUAACAGAGGGAAGUAUUAACUUAUGAGCAUUAUGCUGCAAUGCAAUGUGUACGUCUGGUUAAUAUUUUUGAUCAGUUAAGGUUACUUUCCUGGACCUGGUCACUCAUGCCAAACUACUGUGAAGGAUUGCAAAUGGGAUAUGUGCGUUUAAUCGAUGCUUAGUGGAAUACAAACCAGUCUUAAAAUCAUCAUCAUCAGUCUUAUUUGUCUAAUUGCUAAGUGUGCAUAAGGCUUUUUUGUUCACACGUCAUUCAAUUUAUUUUCACUUAUUGGAUUAAUUCAUAUUAACUGUUUUAUGUCUCAGUCGACAUUCAGUAAAUCAUAUUGAAAUGUUGCCAGCAGCUGUAAUAGGAAAAUGACUUAAAUCGAGAGCGAGCGAGAGAGAUGUGACAGUAAUAUGGUUCUUUUUCUGUUUCAGGUCUCAGCAAAUUGUAUAAUGAUUAGUUAAUAUAAUCUCUCUGACACCCUUUAAAAUAGUUAAAUUGUACUUAGAACUUAUUUUAUUAUUAUUAUUAUUAUUAUUAUUAUUGCUUUUUUGUACAGAGAUGUCUCUGAUCCAUAAAUUAAAAUGACUGAUUGCAGUAUUACAUAACAUUUAAUUGAAAAACUAUUGUCGUCUCCUUUAUUUUUAAAAGCUAUACAUUGAUAUCUGUGCAACUUGAGAAAUGUAAUAAUAAAAUAUUUAUUAUUGAAUGACUAAACAUGUAUAACAUUUGCCUUUUCUGAAUUCACUGGUUUUCAAAUAAAUGCAUCUACACAG